AUGUCUCAGUUGUCAUUGUACUGUGUGGAUGCAGUAUUGUUGCUUGAUAAUGCCGGUAAACGGAUUUAUUCGAAAUAUUAUAGUGCGCCUCACCAAGAACAGGGAAGCGCAGGUGCAACAGGGACAUUAGCUGGAUCUCUUAAUCAAGAAUUGGAAUACGAAACGAGACUUUUCAAAAAGACCCAGAAACAAAACUUCGAGAUUCUAAUAUUUGAAGAAAGGUUAGUGUUGUACAAAGAAUACGUUGAUAUGUCCGUGUAUCUUGUGGGUCCAUUAGAAGAGAAUGAAUUGGUACUACAGCAAGCAUUUUCCGCUAUCAAGGAUUCAUUAGAAUUGAUUUUGGCAACCGGUAUCGACAAGAAAAACAUUCUUGAACAUUUUGACAUGGUUGCGUUGGCCAUUGAUGAGACUAUUGACGAUGGUGUGAUCUUAGAAACUGAUCCAGCCACAAUUGCCUCAAGAGUUACCAAACCGCCUUCGAAAGAAGCCCAAAUAAAUAUUGAAUUGAGCGAGAAGGGAUUACUUAGCGCAUGGGGGUUUGCGAAAAGUAAACUGGCCGAAAGGUUGCAGCAGGGCCUGUAA